UUAGAACCCACUUAAGAAAAUGCAAUUGAAGUUUGCAGAGAGCAGAGGGUUUGAUUCUGACUAUGUCAGGAAUGGAGGAAGAAGCACCGGACGUUUUGUGCCAACUGGAAAACGUUCAAGGCUUAGUCGACGCCUUAACUUCCGUCAGGUGGAAACGGCAGCAAGACGCCGUGUUAGAGUUAUCCGAACACGGCAUCGUUUUGAUCGUGGAAGAAAGCGGUUGCCUCCAAGCCAAGGUUUAUCUCAAAAAAGAGCUAUUCAUUCGCUAUGAAUACAAUGCAGAAGGACGACCUCGUUUUGGAGUCAGUUUAGGGCUUUUUGUUGAUUGCUUGAACGCCUUUUCGGUUCCUGGUCACUCCAAUUUGAUUCAGAUUCAGUAUCCCGGUCCUGAUAUGCAAGUUAUUCUCAAAUCUGUAGAUUCGCUGGAUGCCAGUAUCUGUGCAGAGAUCAGAACAAGGAUUCCUGAUACUAUUGCAUGGGACUACAACUUUGAACCUGCUGGGGCUAACCCUUUAACCUUUACCGUUAAGUCCGCAGCACUAAAGGAAGCUAUUGAGGAUCUUGAAUGGCCUGGCUCAAGUAUCCAGAUAACUAUGGAGCCGGAUCCUCCUUGUGUUACCUUGAGAGGUGAAGGACACGGAGACUUGCAGAUAGACUUCAUGUAUUCUGCGAAUUCUGAGCUCUUGGUAGCAUUUCAGUGUGAUCAUCGGGCUUCUUUCAAGUAUAAAUAUAAGUUCCUCAGAGCAUCAACUUCUAAUAUGCCUAGUAGUGUUAUUAAAGAAAAUAGGGGAAGCAAGUUAAGCAUUGGGAGAGGUGGAUUGUUAAAAGUGCAGCAUCUGGUUUCAAUUUCCAAACCUGCAUCGCACUCUCAUGCAGAUUCUGCUGGCUAUCAACAACCUGGUCGAAUAGCUCAUAUUGAAUUCUUUGUGAAACCAGAGGAAAACGAAGACUAGAAAAUAAAUAAGGUUAAUUUCAAAAUAACUUGGUAUAUUUGAACCUAUCAACAAAUUCACUAGAAUUGUUAGAGUUUUAACAACACUUUGAAAGACUUAACAUUUGGUCUUAGAAUGAUAGGGAAUGAAGGUCGAUACUAAUGUAUAAUAUGCAUAAAUCUCACAUUAAGAUUAGUUCAUGUGUGGCAUGAUGUUUUUUCUAAUGAUGUUUUUUUUAAUGGACAAUGUCUUACCUCGUUGGAUGAGAAAAAGAAUAUCAUGAUAUGUAUUGCACUAGAUGCACCAUAUGCUAUGAGCAUAAACAAUAAAUAUGAAAAUGAUUGAAUUGUUCAUCAAUAGAUCAC